CGUCUCUUCUCACUCUCUACUUCCUCAACCAUUUCUCUGCCUAUCUCAUUCUAGUAUUUUAGACAAACAUUGUUUGCAAACAAAGAAAUUGCACUUUAAUUGUCAAUGGCUAGACCACAACAGCGAUAUAGAGGCGUUCGACAGAGACAUUGGGGUUCUUGGGUCUCCGAAAUUCGCCAUCCUUUACUGAAGACAAGAAUUUGGUUAGGAACAUUUGAGACAGCAGAAGAUGCAGCAAGAGCAUAUGAUGAAGCAGCAAGGCUUAUGUGCGGUCAAAGGGCUAGAACCAAUUUCCCAUACAACCCAAACAUGCCACAAACAUCUUCCUCCAAAAUUCUCUCAGCUAAUUUGACAGCCAAGUUGCACAAAUGUUACAUGGCUUCACUUCAAAUGGCCAAAACCUCAGCACAACAACAUAAAAUCCAAGCUUCACAUGUUAAUGUACCAAAAAAUACACCCAUUCAAGAAAAUGUUGCUUAUGAAAAAAGGAAACAACAAAUGGUAGCGCCAAAGCCAUCAUUAUUGACACAUGAUGUGGAGAGCAUACCACAAGUUGUUAAGCCACUUGAAGAUGAUCACAUAGAACAAAUGAUUGAAGAACUAUUGGAUUAUGGGUCCAUUGAGCUUUGCUCUAAUGUUACUUCUCAGUAAAAGAGAUAUUAUAAAGCGAUAUCUUGGGCACGUACCUCGACUGCUUUUGGUGAUGUUCCUCCUCAUCAGUGAUUGUCAUCUCUCGGGUCUACAUUGCUUCUGAACUAGAAACUACCCACUUUGCUAAUUUAGCACAAUUAGUACAAGUCUUUUUCAUGAGCCUCUCUGUCUAAAAUCUAUACAUCAUUAGUAGUUAGGCCUUUCCUUCUCUUUGGUUCCUAGAGUUCUUGCUUUAAGAGAACCUUCUAUUAGUUGUAUGUCCAGUGUAAUAAAAAGAAACAUGUUACGGCACUAUUAA